AUUUAUUCUGUGACAGACGUGUCGCGAGUAUACACCUCAUAAACUCACACAAACAUAAGCUACACGAGGUGCGUCUCACGCACCAACGCACUUCUGAACGCAAUCAAAGUAUAUAUAAAAACAAGAAGCAUGGAUACCGACGCCGCAUUGCGUGUCUCACGCGUACUUCUCACUGGCCCCCCUGGUAUAGGAAAAACUACAUUAUGUAAAAAGUUAGCUUUGAUGAUGGAGGAACAAAGUUAUAAGUUUGAUGGAUUUUAUACUGAAGAAGUUCGAGGUCAAAGUGGUAGCAGGAUUGGAUUUGAUGUUGUGCUAAUGAAAAACCGUGACGAAAAAUCAACAUUGGCACGAAUUGAAAAUGUGAUAAACCAGUCGCAGCACUCUAAAUAUAAAGUGGGGAAUUAUCAUGUGUUUCUUAAUGAUUUUGAAGCAACAGCAUUGUCUGUCUUCGAUUCAAAUGCGGACAUAUUAAUCAUAGAUGAAAUUGGAAAAAUGGAAUUGUUUAGUCAAAGAUUUCAUGAUAAAAUAGUGAAGUUAUUUUUUGGAACUUCAAAAAUACCUUUUAUAAUUGCGACGAUACCUCAAAUGCAUAAAGUACCGCAGCGGCAUUUAUCAUUGUUCCAAAAGCUUCAUGCAGAUAAAAGAUGUAAAAUUAUAACUGUGAAUCGUCAAAAUCGAGAUAAUUUACCAGGAGAAAUUUUUCCGCUCAUUUUACAAGGUACAUAAGUUCCCUUUUUUUUAAAGUAAAACAAUAUAAAUUUUAAAUACAUUAUAAACAUCGUUUAUUAUUAACAAAAAAACAAAAUGUUAGAUUAAAGAAAUCCUUCCAAUCACGUUAAAUUUGUAAAAAAGUAGUCAUCACAAAUAACGUGACAAAUAGUGACUGGCUGGAAAAUUGUACUACAUAGUCAUGCUAAAUUGCAUAUGUAUUAGAUAUUUUCGUAAUAAUUAUCGUUUCGUAAAAACCACCAUUAUUCAUUAAAGAAUAAAUUAAAAGAAUAACAGGUGUGUUCAUUAUAUGUUCAGCACCUUCUGCAAAUAUUAGAAUAUAAGUUAAUCUGUUGAGAUCUUUGAGGUCAUUUACUCAGCUUGUGCGUGAACAUUAAAAUCUUUAGUGAAUAAGGUGGUUCAAUUGAGGGUACAAAAUAGAAACAUUUCUUUUUUUUUUUUUUUUGCGUCAUUUCA